AUGUCUCAAGAAGCAUCUCAAAAGGUAAACCAUGUCUUGAGUAAUUUCGGUCGAUCCCCCCUCCACAAUACAUCACUUUCCGCCUCGCUAGAUGCCGCCCCAGGCAUAGUUCUAGCAAUGACGAUAGACGCCCUCAUCAAAGCACGAUCAAUCUCGCACGAACUGACACAACGAACAAUCAAAAAGCUUAUUAAAGCCGGAUAUCACGAUAUCAACAUCUUGAAAAACAGCUCAUGGGAAGAUCGAGUUUCUGUCCUGGCAAAUGGGGGAUACAGUCGGCAUCGCGAACAAUGUGCCACGAACCUUGGGGGCUGGCAAAGCCUGUUUCGGAUAAAUAUGGUCAGUUUGUGUUCAUCCUCAGGCUUAGCAAUAACUUAUAUUAGCUGGAGGUUUUUUUUCAAUAACGUGGAAUCUGUUUGGCCGUGUAUCGCCCCUUUUAUCGAUUCGCGGAGUUUGAAGACUGCUGUUGAUGUUGGUAUCGGGGAGGACUUGCCUUACAUAUACUCGGUUUUGAAGGAGGACCCGGCGCGGAUGAGUUGGUUUGCCAAUGGGCUCUCGGAAGUUAGAUUGGAGAAGAAGCAGGACCUCAUUUCAGACGUCAUGUAA